CUGCUGGACGAAGUAGAAGUUCGCCAGGGAUUUUUCUUUCUUGAUAGCAGCAGGAGAAAAAAAAACAUGGCAAAUAAGUCUGCACAGCCUCCCUAUCUUCACUUGGCGGAACUGACGGCAUCCCAAUUCCUCGAGAUCUGGAAACAUUUUGAUGCCGACGGUAAUGGCUACAUUGAGGGCAAGGAGCUUGAAAACUUUAUCACUCAGUUUGAGAUUGCACGGAAAGGAGCAGGUGUGGACUCCUCAAAUGCAUCUUGCAGAGACAAGAUGGCAGAGUUCAUGCAGAAAUUCGACAAGAACAAUGAUGGAAGGAUUGAGCUGUCAGAGAUGGCCCAGAUUCUUCCAACAGAAGAGAACUUCCUGAUUUGCUUCAGACAGUUUUUGGGUUCCAGCUCUGAGUUCAUGAUGGCCUGGCGAAAGUACGACACAGACCGCAGUGGCUUCAUUGAAGCAAAUGAACUGAAGAACUUCCUCUCAGACCUUCUGAAAAAGGUUAACAAGCAAUAUGAUGACCAGAAAUUGCAGGAAUACACACAGACAAUUCUCAAGAUGUUUGAUCUGAAUGGAGAUGGGAAGCUGGGGCUCUCUGAAAUGGCAAGGCUUCUACCAGUUCAAGAAAAUUUCUUACUGAAAUUCCAGGGCAUCAAGCUGACUCCUGACCAGUUCAACACCAUCUUCACAUACUAUGACAAGGAUGGAAAUGGCUACAUUGAUGAGAUGGAGUUGGACUACCUCCUGAAGGAUCUCUAUCAGGAUGCUGACACCCAGGACCUAGCUGGCUAUAAAAAGAGCAUCAUGGCGUUGUCAGAUGGGGGUAAACUGUACCGCACAGAACUAGAAGUUGUACUGUGCCGAGAGCCCAUUGUACUGUGAUUUUACUGUACUGGGAGCUCUGAAUCAUGUCUUACCUUUCUGCUGCCUGACCAUUGUACCCACGUGCCAGGCACUACCUUUUUUACUUUGUGUGUUUUGAAAAGAAUGUGCAAUACAAAGCACAAAAAUUCUCAUUUUCUGUCCCACCACCUAAAUCCCUUCUGCUUGAGGACAGACUGUCCAGUGAUGGUGUUGCCCUCUGCUCAAUUUUUAAAGAAUACAUUUCCAAUGGAUCUUACUGAAUCUUAUUCAUAGAGUGAUAUUAGUAGUAUGAAUAGGUGUAUGAUGCUAUUAUCUAUUAAUUUAACUGUCUUUAUUUAUUUAGGUCCCUCUGCAUCCCCUGGUUUUCUGUCAGAUUUUCUUUUUCUCUUUCAUUUGAUUAUCACUAUUAUUCAAUUGUCACCUGUUUUGGGCUAUUCUGUUUUUGGCUGAUAACUGUUAGAGGAUGUUACUGAGAGAAUUAAUAAAA